AACCUUCGGACCAUUCCGCCAUAACGUCGAUCGUGUGGUGUUGCUCACUGUCCGAAGAGUUCAGAUUGCAAUAAUAUGUGAAACGGAAAUGAACGAAAGCGAUCGAUUGGCGGCGAAUGGUAACGAACCUUAAGCUUUAUUGACAACGGUUAUCGCUGGCUAUACUUGUACACAGGUAAGCAAUAUAGAUCACAGUUAUGUCAACAGCUUAGCCAACUUGCAUGUCUUGUUUAAUAGAGUGUACAUUUAAUGUUUCGCCGGUAUGUUUCAAGUUUCAAGUUUAUGCAUGAAUGGUAACUUAAAACAUAAAUACAGGUGCUUUAACAUUACUUUGCAAUUAGACUUAUAAUUUUUGUUAAUUUGCUUGUUAUACGCGGUUUUUUCCCAUUAAAUCCCAAUAUGGUAAAGACUUCCUUACAGGUCAUCAGCGUUUUGUGUAUUUCACUUAUCGCAGUAAGUCAAAUGCAUCGUCGGUCCAAAUACUUUACGCAUUAACGCGAAUAAUUUGUAUAAAAAGGGGCGGCUACUCGGAGUAUGUUCAGAUGAAAGGGAGUUAAUCUUUCCAAAACGAUAUAUUUCGGGAAAAUGAUGUUCACUUGCUAAACACUUGCUCUAUAACUUACGCACCUGUAACACUUUGAAGUAUGUAUAUUAAGUUUAUUCGUUAAAUUCAGUUUAACGAUCGAUGACUUUAAAAGAUAAGUCCGAGAAUUUAAAUAGUUUUAGUAAGUUGCUGUGGAAAAAAUACAACAACACGAAUUUAAUACCGUUUGUCUUUGCUCUUCAGACUUUCAGAUCAAAAUUAGCAAAGCAAAUGUUAACUAUCAGUCCCUUACGAAUUGUAUGUAUGCACGGCAGGUUUUAUCCAUAAGAAUGCGUAAAAACGUUGUUUAUUUCCGAUAACCAUAAAGACCAUUGUGUUGACUCUAAACUGGGUUGGUAAUUUAGGUUGAGUGUUCAAUAAUGUUUGAUACAGUCAAUCCCAAUGGACAAAUGAGUUUGUGAUGGUGUUUACAACAGGUUAUCAUAUAAGCUAAAUAUACUUAAAAAUAGAUAAAUUAAGUAAAGAAAAAAGUUAAAUAAAGAUGCCAUUGCCCCUCAAAAAAAAUAACUUCAACGGGAUUUCGCGAAUUUGAAACACAUUUUUUAUUUGUCAAUUUGCAAACACGUGGAAAGGUCCCUUUACGAUAUGGCUUAAAAAGUGAAACCAACCAUCAAAGUAUGUUUUCAUUAAUAUUGUGCUAUCUCAAUACCCAAGGCCAGAAGAUAAACCACUGAUAAUGUGUAUCAACACCAAAUAGUACAUUGACAUUACGGGUAGGACAUUUAAUAGAUAUACACCAAACUGUGUGUUAAAAACAUUUAUAUAUUGCAAAUAUAUAUUUAUGAAAAAAUUGCGAAGAUUCUUUUAAUUUAAAAAUGUUUGAAAUGGAAUAUCGUGCCCUUUAAUAACGUGUCCUCGUAUUGAUGAAUACUUGUUUUCUUGCAUGGUUCCUUCUCCCAUCUUGGUGACAUCAUGGAUUUGACGGAGCAAAGAGUCGUGAAUGAAAGCCUCACAAACGCCAUGAGUCUCGCUGAAGGCACGCGCGUCUUUAUAGUUCGAUUGCAUUGAAAGUCCCAUGCUUAUUGGAACGCUCUCGAGAGACUGUGCCUCCAUCCAGUGUCUUUGGGGGAAGAUCUCAAGAACGAUCCGACAGUGGGUAUCGAUCCUAUGACCUCCCGGUCGCUAGGCGAACACCAUAACCAUUACCCAACUGUGACAUUGUUUACUAUUAAGCCCUAAACGUCGUUUUUAUGACGUCAUUCUGGAGCGUUGGUCUCGCGUUUCUCUUCGUUGACGUUUUUCAGAGACCACGGUGGAUGCUGAAGUUUAAAACACAGCCCGGAAGAAAUCAACCGGUCGAUAUGAAAGAUUUAACGAGACUUCUCCGUCAACUAACGGUCAAUUACAUCACAGUAGGCCUUCCUUACGGCGUAAUCCAUUACGUGCUCCACAAGUUACGAGGGAAUGAUGUCACCUUCACCUUGCCUGCUGCCUCCGAGUUCAUCGUGCACUUAGCAUUAUGCCUGAUCAUGGAGGAAAUCACGUUUUAUUACGCGCACAGGUUAUUUCACACCAGUGUGUUGUACCGGCGUAUACACAAAGUGCAUCACGAGUGGACGGCGCCUAUCGGUCUGGGGGCAGUGUACGCACACCCGCUCGAGUUCGCCUUCGGAAACAUCUUGACAAUCGCUUCCGGGCCGCUGGUCGCCGGCGCAUGCCAGGUUACGACGUUAGCCUGGUUUACCAUGGCGACAGCAGUGACGAUUAUCCACCAUAGCGGCUACCACCUGCCGCUACUUCCGUCGCCGGAGUUUCACGACUACCAUCAUUUAAAAUUUACCGGAAACUAUGGACUACUAGGCAUAUUGGACAAGUUACACGGCACUUUAAAUCAGACAUGGACGCGUAGCAAACACUUCAAACGACAUCGCUUGAUUUGGUCGUCAAAACAGAUGUUGACUUGAUAGGAAUUGUCUCCCUUUUAUAAUAACAUCAUCUUAAGAGAUUAAAGAGUUGUCUCUCUUAUAUUAAAUAAAAACAGGUGUUAGAUA